GAUCUUUUCAAAUACAAAUACAUUUCAGCUACUGAAUUGAAACAAUACUAUAUACACUGAAUAGAAAACUACUUACACACAUCGCCAUCUUGACAACUCAUACACUCGCACUUGGCGUUGCGUUCUUGACAGUGAGAAUAUUUGCAUCAUAGCAAGCGAAUAUUUCACAUGGUUGUAAAAAUCCAUUGAGAAAAGUGUUCAACAGUUAGCAUAAAAGUGCAAAUCGAGAAUAUUGAUAUAGAAAACACGUAGAACAAAUACAGGUGUCAAAAAUGCUUUGGAAAAAAGAGAGUAAGAAUAUUUUGUGGGACAAAGAAAGCAAUCAACAGAAUGCGCUGUUCGUUGAUCUAUUUGCCAACGUAAAGUUUGAUAUUCCAGCUCCGCGCGGUGUUUUGCCGCAGAAAAGUGAUCAAAUAUCGCAAAGAUUGCGUGAGAAAGGCAACGAUUACUUUGUACGAAAAGAUUAUUUUGCUGCAAUGAAACUCUACAAUCAAGCCCUUUGUUUUGCUGAAAAUGGAUCAGAGCAGUUGAGCUAUGCGUAUUCAAAUCGAUCGAGUUGCUUCUUUCGUUUAAAAUUGUACAGCAAAUGCCUGGUUGACAUUGAACUCGCGCUGCAAUCAAAUUGUGCACAACAACUGAUACCAAAACUGAACGACCGCAAAGCCAAAUGCCUCGAGGUAUUGGAUGAAGAGCUGUCAUAUUUUGCGCCAAAACUAUCCCAUGAACCGGACGAACGAUUUCCGUGUAUGGUAAAAGUGCUUGAAAUGCAGCAAAAUGUGGAAUUUGGACGAGAAAUCGUAGCGACAGCCGAUAUUCCAGCCGGAAAGACGAUUAUGGUGGAGGAUGGAUUUGCUGCUGGUCUUUACGGUGAAGCUGGCGUAAAUUGUGACAUAUGCUACUCAAGCUACACCAAUUUGAUUCCGUGUUACACGUGCACAAGAUCUAUGUUCUGCUUUGGAAAAUGUGACAAGAAUGAUUUCCACUUCGUUGAAUGUGGUUUGCGAUGGAAGCCUCAAGGUCCGUUCGAUUAUCGCUAUUCAGUGGUACGUUCAAUCGUUUUCGCACUGAAAACCUUCACAAAUGUCGACGACCUGAUGGAAUUUGCUGCAAGUGCCAUAAUGAGCGAUCAGUUCGAAUUGCCCGACUCAAUGUUGGAUGAUAAAGCGAAGUACAACGUAUUCUUCAGAAACUUUAAAAGUAAUUUUCCCGGUUGGUCAGAGGGCCACCAGCAUGGAAUUCAAAGUGUUUAUGAAGGUCUCAUCAGUCAUGAAUUCAUUUCACAAAAAUUUCCAACCAAACGCAAAGAACGCUUUCUGCAACACUUGAUCAGCCACCAUAUUCAAGCGAGGAGGAGAAUGAUGACUAUCAACUGUACCAUGCAAAAGGGCUUCACUCCUUUGAUUGGAUUAUAUUUCAAUCUCUCUUGCACUCCAAACGCCACGCUACUUUUCUCUGAUAGUGGCUCCUAUGUGUUGACCAUUAGACCAAUCAAAAGUGGCGAACAAUUGUUUGUCCACUAUAUGGACGAGGAUUUUAUGGUGAAAAACAUUGGAUAUAAGGAACGGCGAGCGAAGAUUCAAAGGGACUUGAACUAUGUUUGUAUGUGUGAACGAUGUAUUGCAGAAUCAUCGAAUCAAAAAGCACCAGAACUAUUUGAUGACAGCACAAGAUAUGUGGUACUGGAAAAAAUUAGAAUGGGCAUGAAUCAACCAGCUUAUCUGCUAAUCUACCGUAAAUCGCGACCAAUUUUCAAACAUUUCAAAUGAAAGUGCAGCUCGAACGUGGGAUUCAAUCCUGAAGAUGAAGAAGAAAGGGAAAAAUAAAUAAGAACAACAUUGCACACCUGGAACAUAACAAUAAUUGAUAUUAUAACAUAGUAGCAACGAGUAGAGAUACGAACUCAAUUAACGAAAUAGAAAAUAAAAACAUGAAAUCACGUGGCCUAGACACAUACCAAUCAAUUCCAAAAUAUGAAACAUAAACGUCAUACGCACAAAUUGUUCUAUCCAAGUGGCUUGAAUUUAAACAAAAUUUAUGUUUUUAAUUGAAAUAAUGUGCUUUAAAAAUAUACUAUAUACACAUAUAAAUUUUAAUCUCUUCGCACGCAUCCCCGACGGUUUUGCCCAGAGGAUUGCGUUUUUAUGUCAGCUUUUUGUGUAUCUAUAUGAUUUUUCGGUUGGGAGGACAAUUUUUUUACUUGUAUUUUUUGAACAAUCAAUUACAAUUAAAUACAUUCAAAUAUAGCUUUGUCAUUCUCGAAAGUAAAAAAGAAAACACAGAGAAAA